AUGGCACUUCUUUCAUUCCCUAUUUUAUAUCCAUAUGGCAAUCUUCGUGUGAUCGAUGCUUUCUUCUUUGGCGCGAGCGGUUCCACCGAAUCUGGUCUAAACACAGUUGACGUCAAAGCCCUCAAAACCUAUCAACAACUCUAUAUCUAUUUCAUUCCGAUUGUCACAAACCUUGGAUUCAUUCACAUAAUGGUCGUUGUUGUUCGUUUGUACUGGUUUGAGAAGCAUAUCAAGAAAACCUGUUCGUCUUCACAAUGA